GUACAGCUACCAGCGGUCCAGCGGCCCCGCCUACAGCGGCGGCUCCACCAUCAUCUCCCAGCGUCGCGUGGGCACCAUGUCGUCCGCGCCCAAGGCCUUCAGCGUCUACGGCGGCGGCGCCGGAGGUGGCACGCGCAUCUCCUCCUCGUCCAUGCGCACUCUCUCCUCAGGCUACGGUGGCGGCAUGGGCAUGGGCUGGGCAUGGGCAUGGGUGGCGGCGGCGGCGGCGGGCGGCGGCUUUAACCUGUCCAGCGCCCUGGACUCGGACAGAGUCCACGUGAACGAGAAGGCCACCAUGCAGAACCUGAACGACCGCCUGGCCAACUACCUGGACAAGGUGCGCUCGCUGGAGAAGGCCAACGCCGAGCUGGAGGUGAAGAUCAGGGAGUACUAUGAGCAGAAGGGCCCGGCCGCCGAGCGGGACUACAGCAACUACUGGGCCAUCAUCAACGACCUGAAGGACAAGAUCAACGGUGCUACCAUCGACAACGCCAACAUCCUGCUGCAGAUCGACAACGCAAAACUGGCUGCUGACGACUUCAAGACGAAGUUUGACCAUGAGCUGAUGAUGCGCCAGUCUGUGGAGGCGGACAUUGGCAACCUGCGUCGCCUGCUGGACCAGACCACCCUGACCAAGGCUGACCUGGAGAUGCAGAUCGAGAGCCUGCAGGACGAGCUUGCCUUCCUCAGGAAGAACCACCAGGAGGAGCUCGCUGCCCUCCGCUCCCAGAUCACCCACAACGUGAACGUGGAGGUGGACGCCGCACCCCAGCAGGACCUCAACAGGGUUCUGGACGAGGUCCGCAGUCAGUACGAGGGCAUGAUCGACAAACACCGCCGCGACCAAGAGGCCUGGUUCAACGACAAGUCCAGUGCCCUGAGCAAGGAGGUGGCCAUGAGCACAGAGACCAUCCAGACGACCAAGACAGAGAUCAACGACCUUAGGCGCACAAUGCAGGGCCUGGAGAUCGAGCUCCAGUCUCAACAGAGCAUGGUGAGUGUUCCGACCUCACAGUUCUGCAACUCUAAGCCUUUGCAGAAAGCACAGCCACAUGCCUAUGCUGGCUACCAGAACCAGAUCAACAUGCUGGAGCAGGAACUGUCGCACAUGCGCUCCAGCAUCGAGCAGCAGGGCAGCGAGUACAAGAUGCUGCUGGACAUCAAGAGCCGCCUGGAGCAGGAGAUCGCCGUCUACAGGGGACUCCUGGAGAAGGAGGAAUCCCGGUAGUCACCUGCUACCUGUAGCCGAGGGAAGGCAUUUGUGUUGCCAUGGUUAUGCGGGGGGGGUUGAUAGUGACAGAGGAUUGCUUUAGAGAAGAAGUUGUUGUUGACAUGGCAGUAAAAUGCCGUGAAGAAGUCUGCCAUGCGUUUUUGUUUUCUUGUUACAAGUGCCCUUUGUCAUGGACAGGUCAUGAAUAAAUCCCUCUUUUUGGCAAUUAA